GGAGUCCUCGUGGGCGUGGCAGCCUGAGGCAAUGAACUGUGAAACAAGCUCUCAGCCUCUUUCUGACUUGGGAUCUGAAUCUACUGUCGUACGAAAGUACCUUGAGCGAAUUCAGACUCUCUGCUGCUUGAAGCGAAUCGACCCGCCCAAACCUCAACGAUGUCGAAAACGCUUCCACUUCUUCAAGGGGAGAUCACAUUAGAAUCAGCCCUGGACGAUGACGAUAACAUGCUCCAGGCCCUAGAGUACCCUCAAAAACGAUUCGAGUUCUUUGUAUCCUCUGGAAGCAUCGCAGCGAAAUCGAAGCUAUUGUGUCGUACCAUCUGGGUUUAAAUGAGAGAGAGACGUGUCAAAUAGGAGAAGUCAAAGAUUGGAUGGCUGGAAGCUUCAAUGUUUGCAUACCAGUCCGCGUCAACAGCGCCAAAUCCCACAGCAAACGGGUGAUUAUCAGGUUUCCUCUACCAUACAAGGUGGGAGAUUUACAACACCCUGGCAAUGCGGAGGAGAAGAUCCGUUCUGAAGCUGCUACCUUCAUCUGGAUCCGUGAAAAUUGUCCUACUGUUCCAAUCCCUUACUUGUGGGGUUUUGGGCUUCCUGACGGCAAGAGCGUAUGUGACAUAAUGUGAAGUAUCGAUGGUUCACUUUCAGAUCAUAUGCUGACUUGUUUCUGAUAUUUGCGCAGUUUACGACUCCUGAUACCCUCCCCUUUCAUACGCGGUUGAUGUGGUAUCUUCGACGGAGUGCAUUCUCGGUAUUAGGAUACCCGGUCCCCUGUCGAUAUAUAAGUCGACAAUGUGUACGAACCCUGAAGAUCUAAACGUAAAAGUGCCUGCCCAAUAAGAAAAUUAGAGAGGUUAUAGAUCCCAUCCCAAAGCUUUGACAAUGGUAUCUUCUCCUCACCACCACUUCCUUGGCAAUGCAUUUCUUUCUCUUUUGCCUUAACCACAUCUCGAAAGCCUGCCAAAUAACUUCCGAAUUAACAACCUCCGUAACUAGGCGUGACGGCGACGACGCGAUCAUAAUUUUUUGGAGCAGCCAGAGUUUGGACUGUUCAGAAAUAGUCACACAAUAUGACCGAUACAAAA